AUGCAAUUACUGAUCUAUUCCAAAAACGUUCUGAAAGAACUGCAAUCGUAUGUGAAAUGUUUCAAGCCAGAAGAUGAUGUCGACGAUGUACUGAAAAAUCUGAGGAAGGAGAUAAUUUAUCAGAGAAAACUUCUUCCUCCGGGCAAACUUCUGCGUUUACGACAGUUGCGACACCGUUUCUUGGCGUCAUUAACUUCAUCGAUCAAAGCUGCAAUCAUAUUCGGCCUAUUCACGAGUCUAGUCAUCUUAAUUGGCAUUCUUACUGUUUGUUAUACAUCACCAAAACCACCAAGCAAAACAUGCAAAUAUAGUAUCAAAUCUGAAGCUCAGUAUCUCAUCAACGCUGAUUCCCAUCCAACUUUCCAAUUCCGGCUCGGAUACAAUUGGAAUUUUUCUCCGACNCCAAAACCACCAAGCAAAACAUGCAAAUAUAGUAUCAAAUCUGAAGCUCAGUAUCUCAUCAACGCUGAUUCCCAUCCAACGUCAAUUGCAAUUGGCGAUUUUAAUCAUGACGAUUUAGUUGAUGCUGUAGUUUCCAAUUCCGGCUCGGAUACAAUUGGAAUUUUUCUCCGACAAGCUGGUGGUACCUUUACGAAUCAAAUCACAUACUCAACUGGUCCACAUUCUAAGCCAUCUUCAGUAACAGUUGCCGAUUUCAAUCAAGAUCAUCACUUAGAUGUCGCUGUGGCAAAUUUCGGUACUAACUGCAUUUCGAUCUUCUUCGGAUAUGGUAAUGGAUCAUUGACAUUUUCUAUGUCGAUUUCGAUUGGAAAAUCUCGUCCACGAUAUAUCUCUAAUGGGGAUUUGAAUUAUGAUUCGCAUAUUGAUUUAGUUAUAGUCAACUAUGGUACAAACGGUAUCAGUAUUCUAGAAGGAGGCGGAAAUGGAAACUUCUUUGAACGGUUACGUUUAUCAACUGGAUUCGAUUCGAGUCCAUACUCAUUAAUGAUUAAAGAUCUCAACAAAGACAAUCAUUUGGACAUUAUUGUCACUAAUUAUGGAACAAAUAAUAUAGGUAUUUUCUUUGGAUAUGAUGAUGGAACAUUUUCAGAACAAGUUAUUUUAUAUACUGGUGCAAAUUCUCACCCGUCUGCAGUUGAUAUAGAAGACCUUAACAAUGACACAAAUGUGGAUAUAGCUGUCAGCUGUUCUGGUACCAACAAUUUGAAGAUUUUCUUUGGCUUUAAUAAUGGAAGUUUUAUAAAAUCAGAAAUCUACUCAACCGGAGAUAAUUCUUUACCUUCGUCUGUCAUGAUUGGUGAUUUUAACAAUGAUACUCACUCGGAUAUCAUCGUCGGUAAUUACAAUAUUCCAAAUUUAAGUAUUUUUUAUGGUGAUGGACACGGAGCAUUUUCCAAUCAAUCUACAUUUUAUACAAAUAAAAAUUGCAAUCCGUAUUCAAUGAUUACCUAUGAUUUUAAUAACGAUACUCAAUUAGAUAUCGCGAUAGUUAACUACGACUAUAGUUAUUUGGACAUUGUUUUGACACAGAAAAGUUAUGGUUAUUAUAAUCAAAAGACCUACCGAGCAACUGGUACAGAAUCUCUGCCAAGUUCGAUAACAAUGGCUGAUUUCAAUCAUGAUGAUUGUUUAGAUAUUGUCGUUGCGAAUUAUUUGACUAAUGAUAUCGGAGUUUUUCUUGGACAUGGAGAUGGCAGUUUCAGGGACCAGAUUACCUAUUCAACUGGAAAUAAUUCAGGACCAUGGUCCAUCGCUAAUGGCGACUUUAAUAAUGACUCCCAAUUAGAUAUCGCCGUUGCUAACUUUUAUGGAAAUAGCAUAAGCGUCUUAAUGGGAAAUUACGAUGCCACAUUCUCAGAUCCGAUUAUGUAUUCGACUGGUGAAGAUUCGAGACCACGUUCAUUGGCAAUUGGUGACUUUAAUCGUGAUAAGCAAUUAGAUAUCGUUGUCGUCAAUAGUGACGCAAGUAAUAUUGGAAUAUUUCUAGGACACGGUGACGGUAGUUUUUCUUCUCAAAACACUUAUUCGACUGGAAAUCAAUCCAUACCGUUUUAUGCCGUUGUUAUCGAUGUUAAUUACGAUAAAAUAUUUGACAUUCUUGUUGCCAAUUAUUUAACGAACAAUAUCGGUGUUUUUAUCGGAUAUGGAAAUGGAAGUUUUCGAAAUCAACGCACUUAUUCAACGGGUCUGUAUUCAGGUCCACGAUCUUUCGCCUGUGCUGAUUUGAAUGAAGAUCAUUUACUGGAUAUUGUUGUUGCUAAUAACUAUGCCAAUCAAGUAGCUAUUUUAUUCGGAUACAAUAAUGGAAGUUUCAUAUUAACCAAAGUAUAUUCAACUGGAUACAAUUCAGGUCCAUGGUCAGUGACUAUUUCGGACAUCAACAACGAUCAACGACUUGAUAUAAUUGUGGCGAAUUCUCAAUCUGACAGCAUCGCUGUUCUUAUUGGAUAUGGGAACGAAAAUUUUUCUUGGACACGAAGUUAUUCGACAGGAAGCGAUUCCGAACCAUACUUUGUCGAUGUGAAUGACUUGAACAAAGAUGGUCUAAUAGAUAUUGUUAUUUCAAACUAUGGUGGUAGUAAUGUCGGUGUUAUGAUGGGAUGCGGGAAUGGCACUUUUACCGAUCAGAAGACCUAUUCAACUCGAGGUAAAUCCCAGAUAAGGUGUAAUGCAGUUGGGGACUUCAACGACGACACUUAUUUGGACAUAGUUACAGCGAAUUUUGAAAGUGAUAGUAUCGAUAUUUUUCUUGGAUUUGGUGAUGGAAGUUUUACGCAUUCAGCCACUUAUUCAACAGGAGCUUAUUCCGGUCCACAUUUUGUCGAUGUCGGUGAUCUGAAUAAUGAUAAACAUCUUGAUAUAGUUGUUGUAAAUAACGCAGGAAACAACAUUGUAGUCUUUUUUGGUUAUGGUAACGGUAGUUUUUCCAAUCAGACCAUAUACUCGACUGAAAACGAUACUCUAUUAGUCGCUGCUGCUUUUGGCGACUUUAAUAAUGAUACCCAACUAGAUAUGGUCAUUGUCGAUGCUCAACUUAAUAGCAUCGAAAUAUUUUUCGGUUAUGGCAAUGGUACUUUUUCUCCUUACACGACUUAUUCAAUUGGAAAUAAUUCUUUGCCGCAUGGUGUUAGUAUUAAAGAUUUGAACAAUGACGAUAACUUAGAUAUUGUCGUCAUUGCCGCAUAUCCACCCAAUCUAUCCAUUUUUCUUGGCUACGGUAAUGGAACGUUUUUCAAUCAAACUGCCUAUUCAUUCAGUAAUGGCCUAGCGCCAAGCAGCCUGUCAAUUGGUAAUUUGAAUAACGACGAUUACGUUGAUUUAGUAACUACUACUCUUCUUGGUGAUGAUAUUCGUAUUUUCCUUGGAUUAGGCAAUGGAACAUUUGAAAACGUGGCCAUUUAUUCCACUGGUAGUGUUUCCCGACCGACUUCAUGCGGUAUUUUGGACUGGAACAAAGAUGGUUUUCAAGAUAUUGUUGUUGGCAAUUGUCGUGCAAACAACAUAAUUUUAUUCAAAGGAUAUGGCAAUGGCACAUUUUCUCUUGAGAAAACUUAUGUGACUGGUAAUGCAUCGUGUCCAAGUUCAAUGGCAUUUGGACUUUUUAAUGAUGAUAGUCUUGUCGAUAUUGCAGUUGUGGACUUUAACAGCAGUACUGUGAGUGUUUUCUUAGGACGUGCUUAUAUGAGUGGCGAACGUGACAUGACAUAUUCAACUGGGUCCUCUUCUCAUCCGCGAGCUGUAGCUUUAGCAGACUUCAAUAAAGAUCAUCAUUUAGAUAUAACUAUGAUGAAUAAUGGAUUAGGUAAUAUUGGUAUAUUAUUAGGAGAUAGCAAUGCAAGUUUUCCGUUGCAGAGAACAUUUCUUACUGGUGUUUUAUCCUCGCCAACUGCAAUCGCCGUUGAUGAUCUUGAUAACGAUUAUAAACUGGAUGUUGUCAUCGCUAACUCUGCUGAAGGAAAUCUACGCAUUUUGUACGGAUAUGAAAAUGGUAGUUUCCUAAGUUCGAAGGCGUACACAACAGGAAUUGGUUCAUCUCCACAAUCGUUGGCGAUUGGCGAUUUUAAUAAUGAUGAGAAAGUCGAUAUUGCCGUUGUUAAUUCUGGCACCAAUAAUGUCCUAACAUUUGUCAAAUAUGAUCUUGGUGCAUUCAGAGAUCCCGUUUUCUUUUUUACAGGUAAAGGCUCUUCGCCGAAUGCCAUAUCUAUCAACGAUUUUAACAAUGACCAUCAAUUGGAUUUUAUUGUUGUUAACAAAGACAGUAACAGUAUAAGUGUUCGUCUUGGAUUAGGCAAUGGUACCUUCUCCAAUCAAACAAUAUAUUCAACUGGUACGAAAUCAAGUCCGUGGGGUGUUAGUACUGCUGAUGUCAAUCACGACAAAAACGUGGAUAUCAUCGUUUCCAAUAUCUGGGCUAAUAAUAUUGUUGUUUUUCUUGGGCAUGGUGACGGUUCAUUUUCUAAUCAAAUAUCCUGUUUUGUCGAUUACGAUUCAGGUCCAACGGACACUGCUGUCGGUGAUUUUGAUAAGGAUGAGCACUUAGACAUUGUUGUUGUGCUUCAGCUUAUUCACAAAAUAGCCAUUUUGCAUGGUUAUGGUAAUGGAUCUUUUGCCUACAAAAGAAAUUAUUCGACGAGUGGCGAUUCAUAUCCAAUGGCAGUUGCAACUGUGGACUUUAACAAAGAUGGUAUUCUAGAUAUUCUCGUUGCCAAUUAUGGAAAGGGAAAUUUGUGUAUCUUCCAAGGACACACAGAUGGAACUUUUGCAAUAGCUACCUCUUUGUCAACUGGUAUGAAUUCAGGUCCACGAUCGGUUUUCGUUGCUGACUUAAAUAAAGAUUCGAUAUUAGAUAUUGCUGUUGCUAAUUCUGCUGCAGGCAGUGUUGGCAUAUUUUUUGGCGAUAGUGAUGGUACAUUUUCUGAUCAAAUGCCUCUUUCGACAGGCAAGGACUCUGCGCCAUAUGGAAUUUCUAUUGGCGACUUUAAUCAUGAUUCUCAACUUGAUAUUGCUGUUGCGAACUAUGGCUCAAAUACCCUCGGAGUAUUUCUUGGAUGUAAUAAUGGAACAUUUUUCAAUCAACUAACUUAUCCUACUGGAGAUUCUUCCAAACCACUAGCUAUUGCAGUAACUGACUUUAAUUCGGAUCAUCGUUUGGAUAUUGUUGUUGCUAACUCAGGUACUGAUAAUGUUGGAUUAUUCUUCGGCUAUGUCCAGGAAGAUUUCAUCAGUGCACCGUCUUAUCCGAUCGAACGAUCAUCAUCACAACCAACGUCUCUCGCUGUUGGAGAUUUUGAUAACGAUACUCGACUAGAUGUUGUUAUUGCUGAUAACUCGACAAAUACUAUCAGAAUACUAUUUGGAUCAGGUUACGGUAGUUUUACACACGAGAUCAGCUAUUCAACUGAUACUGACUCCCAUCCNGGGCCACAUUCUAAGCCAUCUUCAGUAACAGUUGCCGAUUUCAAUCAAGAUCAUCAUUUAGAUGUCGCUGUGGCAAAUUUCGGUACAAACUGCAUUUCGAUUUUCUUCGGAUAUGGUAAUGGAUCAUUGAUGUUAAAUAAAUCGAUUUCGAUUGGAAAAUCUCGUCCACGAUAUAUCUCCAAUGGGGAUUUGAAUCGUGAUUCGCAUAUUGAUUUAGUUAUAGUCAACUAUGGUACAAACGAUAUCAGUAUUCUAGAAGGAGGCGGAAAUGGAAACUUCUUUGAACGGUUACGUUUAUCAACUGGAUUCGAUUCGAGUCCAUACUCAUUAAUGAUUAAAGAUCUCAACAAAGACGAUCGUUUGGAUAUUAUUGUUACUAAUUAUGGAACAAAUAAUAUAGGUAUUUUCUUUGGAUAUGGCGAUGGAACAUUUUCAGAACAAGUUAUUUUAUAUACUGGUGCAAAUUCUCACCCGUCUGCAAUUGAUAUAGAAGACCUAAACAAUGACACAAAUGUGGAUAUAGCUGUCAGCUGUUCUGGUACCAACAAUUUGAAGAUUUUCUUUGGCUUUAAUAAUGGAAGUUUUAUAAAACCAGAAAUUUACUCAACCGGAGAUAAUUCUUUACCUUCAUCUGUCGUGAUUGGUGAUUUUAACAAUGAUACUCACCCGGAUAUCAUCGUUGGCAAUUACAAUAUUCCAAAUUUAAGUAUUUUUUAUGGUGAUGGCCAUGGAGCAUUUUCCAAUCAAUCUACAUUUUAUACAAAUAAAGAUUGCAAUCCGUAUUCAAUGAUUACCUAUGAUUUUAAUAACGAUACUCAAUCAGAUAUAGCAAUAGUUAACUACGACUAUAGUUAUUUGGACAUUGUUUUCACACAGAAAAGUUAUGGUUAUUAUAAUCAAAUGACCUACCGGACAACUGGUAAAGAAUCUCUGCCAACUUCGAUAACAAUGGCUGAUUUCAAUCAUGAUAAUUGUUUAGAUAUUGUCGUUGCGAAUUAUUUGACUAAUGACAUCGGAGUUUUUCUCGGACAUGGUGAUGGUAGUUUCAAAGAUCAGAUUACCUAUUCAACUGGGAAUAAUUCAGGGCCAUGGUCCAUCGCUAAUGGCGACUUUAAUAACGAUUCCCAAUUAGAUAUUGUCGUUGCUAACUUUAUUGCAAAUAGCAUAAGUGUUUUAAUGGGAAAUUACGAUGCCACAUUCUCAGAUCCUAUUAUGUAUUCGACUGGUGAAGAUUCGAGACCACGUUCAUUGGCGAUUGGUGACUUUAAUCGUGAUAAGCAAUUAGAUAUCGUUGUCGUCAAUAGUGACGCAAGUACUAUUGGAAUAUUUCUAGGACGCGGUGACGGCAGUUUUUCUUCUCAAAAAACUUAUUCCACUGGAAACCAAUCUGCACCGUUUUAUACCGUUGUUAUCGAUGUUAAUUAUGAUAAAAUACUUGACAUUCUUGUUGCCAAUUAUUUAACGAACAAUAUCGGUGUUUUUAUCGGAUAUGGAGAUGGAAGUUUUCGAAAGCAACGCACUUAUUCAACGGGUCGUUAUUCAGGCCCACGAUCUUUCGCCUGUGCUGAUUUGAAUGAAGAUCAUUUACUGGAUAUUGUUGUUGCUAAUAACUAUGCCAAUCAAGUAGCUAUUUUAUUCGGAUACAAUAAUGGAAGUUUCAUAUUAACCAAAGCAUAUUCAACUGGAUACAAUUCAGGUCCAUGGUCGGUGACUAUUUCGGACAUAAACAACGAUCAACGACUUGAUAUAAUUGUGGCAAAUUCUCAGUCUGACAGCAUCGCCGUUCUUAUUGGAUAUGGGAACGGAAAUUUUUCUUGGACACGAAGUUAUUCCACAGGAAGCGAUUCUAAACCAUACUUUGUCGAUGCGAAUGACUUGAACAAAGAUGGUCUAAUAGAUAUUAUUAUUUCAAACUAUGAUGGCAGUAAUGUCGGUGUUCUGAUGGGAUGCGGAAAUGGCAAUUUUACCGCUCAGAAGACCUAUUCGACCCGAGGUAAAUCCAAGCCGACGUAUAAUGUAGCUGGGGACUUCAACGACGACAAUUAUUUGGACAUAGUUACAGCAAAUUUCGAAAGUGACAGUAUCGAUAUUUUUCUUGGAUCUGGCGAUGGCAGUUUUACGCAUUCAGCCACUUAUUCAACAGGAGCUUAUUCCGGUCCAAUUUGUGUCGAUGUCGGUGAUCUGAAUAAUGAUAAACAUCUUGAUAUAGUUGUUGUAAAUAACGCAGAAAACAACAUUGUAGUCUUUUUUGGUUAUGGUAACGGUAGUUUUUCCAAUCAGACUAUAUACUCGACUGAAAACGAUACUCUAUUAGUCGCUGCUGCUUUUGGCGACUUUAACAAUGAUACCCAACUAGAUAUGGUUAUUGUCGAUGCUCAACUUAGUAGCAUCGAAAUUUUUUUCGGUUAUGGCAAUGGUACUUUUUCUCCUUACAUGACUUAUUCAAUUGGAAAUAACUCUUUCCCACAUGGUGUUAGUAUUAAAGAUUUGAACAAUGACAAUAAUUUAGAUAUUGUCGUCAUUGCCGCGUAUCCACCUAAUCUAUCCAUUUUUCUUGGCUACAGUAAUGGAACGUUUUUCAAUCAAAUUGCCUAUUCAUUCAGUAAUGGCCUUGCACCAAGCAGCCUGUCGAUUGGUAAUUUGAAUAACGACGAUUACGUUGAUUUAGUAACUACUACUCUUCUUGGUGAUGAUAUUCGUAUUUUCCGUGGAUUAGGCAAUGGAACGUUUGAAAACGUGGCCAUUUAUUCCACUGGUAGUCUUUCCCGACCGAAUUCAUGCAGUAUUUUAGACUGGAACAAAGAUGGUUUUCAAGAUAUUAUUGUUGGAAAUUGUCUUGCAAACAAUAUAGUUUUAUUCAAAGGAUACGGCAAUGGCACAUUUUCUUUUGAGAAAACUUAUGCGACUGGCAAUGCAUCGUGUCCAAGUUCAAUGGCAUUUGGACUUUUUAAUGAUGAUAGUCUUGUCGAUAUUGCAAUUGCGAACAGUGAAAGUGGUACUAUGGGUGUUUUCUUAGGACAUGCUUAUAUGAGUGGCGAACGUGACAUGACAUAUUCAACUGGGUCCUCUUCUCAUCCGCGAGCUGUAGCUUUAGCAGACUUCAAUAAAGAUCAUCAUUUAGAUAUAAUUAUGAUGAAUAAUGGAUUAGGUAAUAUUGGUAUAUUGUUAGGAGAUAGCAAUGCAAGUUUUCCAUUGCAGAGAACAUUUCUUACUGGUGUUUUAUCCUCGCCAACUGCAAUCGCCGUUGAUGAUCUUGAUAACGAUUAUAAACUGGAUGUUGUCAUCGCUAACUCUGCUGCAGGAAAUCUACGCAUUUUGUACGGAUAUGAAAAUGGGAGUUUCCUAAGUUCGAAGGCAUACACAACGGGAAGUGGUUCAUCUCCACAAUCGCUGGCGAUUGGCGAUUUUAAUAAUGAUGAGAAAGUCGAUAUUGCCAUUGUUAAUUCUGGCAUCAAUAAUGUCCUAACAUUUGUCAAAUAUGAUCUUGGUGCAUUCAGAGAUCCCGUUUCCUUUUCUACAGGUAAAGGCUCUUCGCCGAAUGCUAUAUCUAUCAACGAUUUUAACAAUGACCAUCAAUUGGAUUUUAUUGUUGUUAACAAAGACAGUAACAGUAUAAGUGUUCGUCUUGGAUUAGGCAAUGGUACCUUCUCCAACCAAACAAUAUAUUCAACUGGUACGAAAUCAAGUCCGUGGGAUGUUAGUACUGCUGAUGUCAAUCACGACAAAAAAGUGGAUAUCAUCGUUUCCAAUAUCUGGGCUAAUAAUAUUGUUGUUUUUCUUGGGCAUGGUGACGGUUCAUUUUCUAAUCAAAUAUCCUGCUUUGUCGAUUACGAUUCAGGGCCAACGGGCACUGCUGUCGGUGAUUUUGAUAAGGAUGAACACUUAGACAUUGUUGUUGCGCUUCAGCUUAUUCACAAAAUAGCCAUUUUGCAUGGUUACGGCAAUGGAUCUUUUGCCUACAAAAGAAAUUAUUCGAUGAUUGGCGAUUCGUACCCAAUGGCAGUUGCAACUGUCGACUUUGACAAAGAUGGUAUUCUAGAUAUUCUCGUUGCCAAUUAUGGAAAGGGAAAUUUGUGUAUCUUCCAAGGACACACAGAUGGAACUUUUGCAAUAGCUACCACUUUGUCAACUGGUAUGAAUUCAGGUCCACGAUCGAUUUUCGUUGCUGACUUAAAUAAAGAUUCGAUAUUAGAUAUUGCUGUUGCUAAUUCUGCUGCAGGCAGUGUUGGCAUAUUCUUUGGCGAUAGUGAUGGUACAUUUUCUGAUCAAAUGCCUCUUUCGACAGGCAAGGACUCUGCGCCAUAUGGAAUUUCUAUUGGCGACUUUAAUCAUGAUUCUCAACUUGAUAUUGCUGUUGCGAACUACGGCUCAAAUACCCUCGGAGUAUUUCUUGGAUGUAAUAAUGGAACAUUUUUCAAUCAACUAACUUAUCCUACUGGAGAUUCUUCCAAACCACUAGCUAUUGCAGUAACUGACUUUAAUUCUGAUCAUCGUUUGGAUAUUGUUGUUGCUAACUCAGGUACUGAUAAUGUUGGAUUAUUCUUCGGCUAUGUCCAGGAAGAUUUCAUCAGUGCACCGUCUUAUCCGAUCGAACGAUCAUCAUCACAACCAACGUCUCUCGCUGUUGGAGAUUUUGAUAACGAUACUCGACUAGAUGUUGUUAUUGCUGAUAACUCGACAAAUACUAUCAGAAUACUAUUUGGAUCAGGUUACGGUAGUUUUACACACGAGAUCAGCUAUUCAACUGAUACUGACUCCCAUCCAUGUUCAGUUGUUGUUUCUGACAUUAACAAUGAUGCUCUUUUGGAUAUAAUUGUCGCAAACUCUGGUACAAACAAUGUUGGUUUGUUUCUCGGAAAUGGGAACGGAACAUUUCAAAAUCAACGAACUUAUUUUACUGGCAUUCAUUCAAGGCCAAAUUCUGUAGCUGUGUUAGAUUUUAAUAAUGAUACCUAUUUGGAUAUUGCUGUAGCCAAUUAUGGUUCAAGUAAUAUUCAAAUCUUUCUUGGUAAUGGCAAUGGAAGUUUUAGCGAUGAUUUAAUAUUUAAUACUGGUUAUCGUUCAUAUCCAUAUUCACUCACCGUUGGAGACGUCAACAAUGAUAAUUUAACGGAUAUUAUUGCUACUAAUGAUGGAUAUGGAAACGUUGAUAUUGUCAUGAAAACCUGUUCAAAUUAA